AUGAGGGUAGCCAAGAGCUGGAUGCUGGGUGUUUUCGCAGCCCAUCGCGUUGCUGCUGAAUUCGAUCCUCUGACUCUCGUUGAUCCCCUUAUUGGGUCGACCAAUGGUGGCAACGUCUUUUCUGGCGCCAGCUUGCCGUACGGCAUGGCAAAGGCAGUGGCAGAUGUUAAUGGUCAGAAUACUGGAGGCUUCGCGACCGACCUAAGCGGCAUUACUGGCUUCUCGUCCAUGCACGAUUCGGGCACCGGAGGCAACCCUUCACUGGGAAAUUUCCCUAUACUUCCCCAGCUUUGCCCGAACGAUGUCAUCGACGAGUGCAAGUUCCUCAUAACCGACCGUCCCGUGAACUAUAGCAACGAGUCUGUUGUUGCGACUCCUGGUUAUUUUGCAGUCUCAUUGGCAAACGGCAUCCACGCGGAAAUGACUGCGACAGAGCAUGCAGCCCUCUACAAGUUCAACUUUUCAGCAGCAACGAGUGACACUGGGUCUAAACCAUUCAUGCUUUUGGAUCUGACCGAUCUGUGGCAAAGCAGACAAAAUGCGUCAGUGAGCGUGAACGAGGCCAAUGGCCAGAUUCGUGCCAAUGGUACUUUUCUGCCGAGUUUCGGCGCAGGAUCCUACCAGUCCUUUGUGUGCGUGGACUUCGCGGGUAGCAAGGUUAAUGAUACUGGAAUCUGGGUGAACAACCGAGCUGGCACUGAGGUCAAGGACCUUUUCGUCACCCGAGGCUUCAACCUCUGGUACACCCAAGCGGGUGGUUUCGCCACAUUUGAGCCUCCUUCAAACGGCGUCAUAUAUACCCGAGUCGGUGUCAGCCUGGUCAGCACCGAACAGGCCUGUCAGAAUGCGGAGAAGGAGAUCCCAGAGCCCUCGAAAGACUUUGGCCGAAUUCAGACCGCUGCAGAACACGCUUGGAGGGAAAAACUUAGCCCGAUUUCAGUCAAGGCCGACGGCGCGGGCAAAGGCCUUCAACAGACUUUCUGGAGUGGCGUUUACCGUACGAUGAUGUCGCCGCAAAACUAUACAGGUGAAAACCCUCUGUGGAACAGCACAGAGCCUUAUUUUGAUUCUUAUUACUGUCUUUGGGACGCCUUCCGUGCACAGCACCCGCUUCUGACAAUCAUCGACCCUGCUGCUCAGUCACAAAUGGUCCGCAGCUUACUCGACACAUACAAAAACGAAGGCUGGCUGCCAGACUGCCGGAUGAGCCUGUGCAAGGGUUGGACCCAAGGUGGAUCAAACGCCGAUGUCUUGAUUGCCGACGCGUACAUCAAGAACCUGACGGGCAUUGACUGGGAUUUGGCGUACGAUGCCAUUGUAAACGACGCCGAGAACGAACCAUUAGAAUGGUCAUAUCAAGGGCGGGGUGGUUUGGACAGUUGGAAAAAGGUAAACUAUAUUCCUUAUCUUGACUUUGACUGGAAAGGCUUUGGCACCAAUUCUCGAUCCAUAUCUCGCACACUGGAAUAUUCCUAUAAUGAUUUCAAUGUGGCUACUGUUGCCAAAGGCCUUGGAAAAGAGGAUGACGCUACCAAGUAUCUCUCGCGUUCAACAAACUGGCAGAACCUGUUCAAAAAAGACCAGAAAUCUAUCAUCAACGGAACCGAUACGGGAUUCACCGGGUUUUUCCAGCCAAAGUAUCACAAUGGCACCUGGGGAUACCAAGACCCCAUCGCCUGCAGCUCCUUGGCUACUUUCUGUUCUCUGACGUCAAACCCGUCUGAGACGUUUGAGUCGAGUGUGUGGGAAUACCAAUUCUUUGUGCCUCACGAUAUGAGCAGCGCAGUUAAACUGCUCGGCGGAGCUGAUGAAUUUGUCGCACGCCUGGACUUCUUCCACGAGUCUGGACUGGCUGACAUCGGCAACGAGCCCGUCUUCCUCACCGUGUACGACUACCAUUACGCUGGUCGUCCAGGUCUGUCGACUAAACGGGUUCACUAUUACAUCCCGCAUUCCUUCAACUCGACCGAGAGCGGACUUCCAGGAAACGACGACUCCGGCGCCAUGGGCGCAUUCACCGUGUUCUCCAUGCUGGGACUCUUCCCCAAUCCCGGCCAGAACGUCUACCUCAUUUCCACACCGUUCUUCGAGUCCAUCAGCAUCAAGCAUCCUGAAACCCAGAAGACAUCCACCAUCCGUGUCACCAACUUCGAUCCUUCGUACAACAACAUUUAUAUCCAGAACGCCACUCUGAACGGAAAGCCAUACACUAAGAGCUGGAUCGGUCAUGAGUUCUUCGUUGACGGCAUGACUCUGGAGUUGACGGUCGGUGACAACGAGACUGCUAGCACCUGGGGCAAGAGUGCAGACGACCUGCCCCCGAGUUCGUCAGUGUCGUCGAUGCUGGCUAUGUAA